AUGAAAGUGGUGAUUUUUUGGUGGGUGGUGGGUGUGAGUUUGGCAUUGGAGGAUUUGAUAAUUGAACGACGACCACAUCAUCUUGAUUGGGAUGAUUUAUUUAUGGAAUAUGAUCGAUUUUUUGCGCCAAAUCAUGAAUCACAAAAGGUGUCGUAAUUUUUAAGAAUUUCCGAAAAAAUGUUAUGCCAAAAGUUAUGCAUAUAGCCAGAUUAAAAAAUGAUUCUGAAAUUAGAAAUAAAUCCAUAGAUCAUUUUUUAUUUCGUUUAAUUCUGAAUCAGCUUGAGUUUUUUUCGGGAAAAAAUCUGGACCUAUUUUCGAAAUAGAGAAAUCCUAGAUGAAAUUAGUAUCAAGUCCUCAAGUUUUAGAAACCAAAAAAUUCUAAUUUCCAAAAACUUCAACCUGCCUCUUCUCAGAAAAUAUUCUCCAAUCAAUUUUUUAUCAACUAACAAAAAAUGAAUGACCAAACUACAAAAUCUAUCCACUAGAAUCAAAUUUAUUUUUUAUAGAUAAAUAUAACCUUGGAUUUCAUCGUAAUCAAACCAGGUACAUUGAUAUUCGAAAUGACACAAAAAUGGAAAGAUGAAAGACUUCGAUUUGCUGGCGAUUCUUCGUUUUCAGUUCCAAAACAAUAUUCGACAUGGAUGCCUGAUACAUAUAUCAGAAAUGGAAUGAACGAAAUAAUUUCGAAAUCAAGUUUGAGAUUAAAAUAUGAUGGAACACUUCAAUAUCGUCAAAAAUAUCAAAUCUCCAAUGAUUUGAUGAGCGAUGCUUUACAAAUAGCCUCUUUUGAUAAUUACGGAGCUGAGAAGAUUAUUUAUGUUCUGGAGAAUUCUACAAGUUCCCAAUCUGAAUAUCCUAUUCAAAUAACUUCUGAUAUUUUUGCCAGAGAUCUUGAUGGUCAGCAAUUCCAUGAUCUCAUAAUUCACUUGAACAAUACAAUCGCCUAA